UAGUUGGUUGGUUGGCACUGCAGUAGCCUCAGCCUGAAUUCAUUCACAAUGGCAGCAGGCUCCAGCAAGAGGUUAUGGCAGCUGGUGACACGGGGUGGUGUAUUUCUGCUUACGAGGUGCCCCUUUUGGCUGUGCUUUAGUCAGCUCAUGUUGUAUGCGGAACGGGCCGAGGCAAAGAGGAAGCCGGAUAUCCCUGUACCAUACCUGUACUGUGAUUUGGCAGUUGCUGUGCUUUGCGCCAGCUUCAUGUCUUUUAGUGUAAAACGCCGUUGGUUUGCUCUGUGUGCUGCCCUGCAGCUGGCUGUGAGCACCUAUGCUGCCCAUAUUGGGGGGCAUGUGCACUAUGGAGACUGGCUGAAGGUCAGAAUGUAUUCUCGUACUAUUGCUAUUAUUGGAGGCUUCCUUAUUUUGGCCAGUGGGGCUGGAGAGAUAUACAGACAGAAACCACGUAGUCGUUCCAUGCAGUCCACCGGGCAGGUCUUCCUAGGCAUCUACCUCAUUUGUAUGGCAUAUACCUUGCAACACAGUAAGGAGGAUCGACUGGUGUAUCUGGACUACCUCCCUGGUGGUGAGCCAGCCUUGCAGUUACUGUUUAUCCUCUAUGGAGUGCUGGCACUAUCAUUACUCUCUGGUUAUUACGUGCGGACAGCAGCCCAAGUCCUUGCCGUUCUGCUGCCUAUCUCCCUGCUCCUUAUAGAUGGUAACCUGCAACACUGGCAUGGAGGACGGAGGGUGGAGUUUUGGAACCAAAUGAGGCUGAUCGGACAAAAUGUGGGCAUUUUUGGGGCAACAGUAAUACUUGCCACCGAUGGCUGAUCUGGAACUGCACUUUUCAGUGGAUUGUGAAGCUUUGCAGAACAUCACAGACUUGGUUUACCUAAAUAUUGGCCUCACAUGUAUUUGCCAGGAAUAAUGUUACUUUCCCACUAGAAAGGGAUUUCUUCCAUCUUUACUAAACAAUGUUGCAAGUCCAGUGCUUCCUCAGUCUCACGUUUUCAGUCUAUUAUUCUAGAGGUAGUUGAAAAGCAAAUGUACAUUUUUAAAAACUCCCUUUUAUGUUAUGGAAAGUGGGUCAUAACAUUUUUGAUGUGCAUUAAUUCCAUCACUGUUUGUAAAGGCUGUUAGAAUUACUAAAGGUUUUCUACUUAUUUAUGUUUUAGUUGAAGGGCAUAUUAACAGUAAAGUGUAAAUGGAAUCUUUUAACGCUUAUUGUUCAGAGUAUUUAUACUACGUAUGGAAGCCUUGAGAUCACCGGGUAUAGUCAUUUGAUGUCAUGACUCAGGGACAUCUAUAGAUAUGAGCAUUUUCAUUGUAUGGGGAUGUCAGUGCAACAUAUUGAUCAUGGCACAUAGUGGGAAUACUCCUGGACAUCACAUGAUUUAAUGUAUAACUUUAAAAGGAAGAUGUUAAGUCUUAUUUGAGUUAUUUAACUAUGCAUAAUUAUAUACUUUUUUGUAAGAACUAUGUCUAUUUUUAUAGGAGAAAAGGUGACCUAUUGGCAAAGGAGUACAACAGUUUAUUCAUGUUAUGCAGAACAAAUGACUACCUUCUCUAGCAUUAGAUGACAUCUGUCAGAGUGAUUUCCGUUUAUUCAGUACAAUUCCUUGAUUUUUUUUUUUCUCUCCUCAGAUCAGAACAAUGAGCACUAUCAGUUUUGUUAGCCUUUCAGAGUAAGACUAUAUUUCUCCUUGAUUCAAGAGAUCUGAAUACCCGGGUAACCCACUUCUUAUAUCAACCAUUGUCUCUACUUUUACCAGAUCUUAUCCUUCUGGUCCAUUUACUAUGGGUAACAUCAACUCCCCCAUAUAACACUAACGCUUUUCCUGUUUCCAGAUAAUCUUGUCCAGCCCUCUAUCUUCUCUCAGUCCCUUAUUCUUCCCACCAUGAACACAAAAUCACUUUCUUUUUUAAACGCUUUUGGGAAAGCUAAUUCUGUUCUUCACAUAUGCGAGACCAGUAUCUGUGAUUUUAAAGUGAUAUCUGUAUUUAUUAAACGUGCGUUUACUUAUUAUAAAAGUAAGCACACAAACAUUUGUGUCUGUCAAAGAUUUCUCGAUCUUUUAGAUAUGUAUAGGUCUACAGCUACCGUCAGCUAAAGUGCGGAAAAUACAUUGAUUAGUAGUAAGUUAAAGGGAAAUUCUAAUGUAGAAAUAACAUACUGUAAUUAAAGGGACAGUCAAGUCCAAAAAAACUUUCAUUAUUCAAAUAGAGCAUGUAAUUUUAAACAACUUUCCAAUUUUACUUGUAUCACUAAUUUUGCUUUGUUCUCUUGGUAUUCUUAGUUGAAAGCUAAAACUAGGAGGUUCAUAUGCUAAUUUCUUAGACCUUGAAGGCCGCCUCUAAUCUGAAAGCAUUUUUGAAAGUUUUUCACCACUAGAGGGCGUUAGUUCAUGUUUUUCAUAUAGAUAACAUUGAGCUCACGCACGUGAAGCUCCUAGGAGUCAGCACUGAUUGGCUAAAAUGCAAGUCAAAAGAACUGAAAUAAGGAGGCAGUUUGCACAGGCUUAGAUACAAGGUAAUCACAGAGAUAAAAAGUAUAUUAAUAUAACUCUGUUGGCUAUGCAAAACUGGGGAAUUGGUAAUAAACGGAUUAUCUUGGAUUUGACUGUCCCUUUAAAGCAUUGCAUUUUUUACCAUUACGGACUCUAACCCUGUAACAGUAAGCAAUGUGGCUCCAGAACAGGACAUCCAAUUAGCCAGUCAGGAGCAGCAGUCACACCUAGUUGCCACUCAAUGGCCAAUUUUACCUUUUGGAGCUGAAAUGCUUUCUGCUGUGUAAUAUAAUUUAUUAAAAAAUAAAGAUAGUAGCAUCUUUAUUUUUUAAUUAAGUAACUGUACUUAGCAGUUUUUGGGGGCUAAAGUUAGCGGGUGUGGGGUGUUAGAAAAAAAAAACCAGCCCUGACAAGUGCCUUUACAUUGCAGCCUAUGGGAACUGUGUGUUCCCUGUUCAUAUACAUGUAUAUUUAUGUCUACAUACACAUAUAUAUUUAUGUGUUAAUAUGUAUAUACGCAUAUACAUAUAUAUUUACAAUUUGCUGUCAUCACUGUGCAACUUACCCCCUUUUCUGUGCUAGUUCUCAUGGCAUAAGAACGAGGUUCCCAUUAGCGCAAAUAUCGCUUUUGCAAAAGUGAUAUUUUGCGCUCCACUUGUAAUGUAGCCCAUUAUAAAGACUGACAUUUAAAUGAUGUUGCAGGAUUAACUAAGAGUGAACACUUCUGUGGCGAGUGAGGGCUUUAAGUCAGCGUGAAAUCAAGUCAUUAGCAAGACCUUGCGACAUUUAGAUAACCCUGUGCCAUGUCAGGUGCACCAUUUGCAGCACAGUAUUGUGCAAUGUUUUGCUGUUAUCACAUUGCUACUGUGAUAUUUACAUGGUGAGUCAACCGCAACCAACACAAGUCCUAGUGUCUACCUGCUGUUUGAGCCCUUAAAAGGGAUUAUUUUUUUUCCAACCUCUGAAGAAAAUAUAUUCUUACAUUGUAUGAUUAUAAGAUCAACUAUAAAACAUUUUGUACAAAUUA